AUGUAUCCACGCAGCAAAGCAACGUCACUUAAGUCCAGAUAUAACAAUGAUGUACCGAAGAAUUACGAAAAUAUGGCGGUAGUUGUGGCUUUGUUAUUGAGUUUAAUGUCAAUUUUAAUGGUAACCGAAUCAACAUCUGCAAUAUUCAGCAGUAGUGACAAAAAUUAUAUGGAUAAAUUAUGUAACUCAGUGAUUGUAUUAGAUGGUGAAAAAAAGCCGGGAAGUUCGUUUUCUUCUACAAGUAACAGUAAAUAUAAACCAAAUACAAACUGCACCCUCACAUUUAAAACAGCACAGACAACUCAAAGAAUAAUUACAACAAUCGAAAAAAUCGAUAUUGCUGAUUCAAAUGGUGCUACAUGUGGCGAUUAUAUUAAAAUUUACGAUGGUAAAUUUCAAGGACCGAUAUUGAACAAAAAUUUGGCCGAACAAUGUGGUUCAUCAACUAGCAGUCAUGUGAGCAUAUCAAAUGUGGUGGUAUUUCACUUUUUUUCCAAUGGUGCCAAGGAAGCUACUGGAUUUAAAGCAAGUGUAGCUUUACAUUUUCCACUUGUUCAAGCGUGUCCGCAAGAUCUUGGGGUCUAUCUAUGCACCAACAAAAAUUGCAUAUCAAAAUUAUUAAAAUGCGACGGUCAUAAUCAUUGCGGCGAUAAUUCUGAUGAAAAAAUUUGCAGUAUUGGAAAAAAAUAA